UCUUAGCUCGUGUAGUAUAUCCGGUCACACUGUCUCCCGCCCACGCCCAUUCCAAUUUCAAUUGACUGUUAAAUUGAGCGCAUUUGAAUUAAGUCGAAUUAAUUGAAGAUGCUUUUAAACAACAUUUUGAAUGGAUCCAAAGCUGACGCCGUCUAUAUUAUAGCGGAAAUUGGCCAGAACCAUCAAGGAUCCGUGGCAACGGCCAAGAAAAUGAUUUCUGAAGCCAAGAAUGCUGGCUGCCACUGCGUAAAGUUUCAAAAAUCGGAUUUGCCAGCAAAAUUUACCAGAUCCGCUCUGGAACGUAAAUAUGUCAGUGAUCAUGCGUGGGGAAAAACCUACGGAGAACACAAGGAGUAUCUAGAGUUCUCCAAGGAUCAGUAUCUGGAAUUACAAGCUUACAGUUACAAGCUUAAUGUAGACUUUACUGCUUCUGCAAUGGAUGAGUCUUCCUUGGACUUCCUAUUGGAGUUGAAAGUGCCCUUCAUCAAAAUUGGAUCUGGAGAUGCAAACAACUUUCCGCUUCUAAAAAAGGCAGCUGGUUUAGAAGUGCCCCUGGUGGUCUCCACAGGAAUGCAGACUAUGGCGACAGUUGAACGGAUUGUUCAGAUAAUGGAGGAGGCUGGGAAAAAAAACUUCGCUCUUAUGCAUUGCGUCUCGUCUUACCCAACUUUGCCGAAAGAUUGCUACUUGCAGACUAUUUCCUUGCUUAUGCGCCGCUUUCCGAACGUGGUUAUUGGUUACUCUGGCCAUGAACUGGGUAUAUCCAUUAGCCAAGCAGCAGUUUUGUUGGGCGCCCGCAUAGUGGAGCGCCAUUUUACACUGGACAAAAACCAGAAGGGCUCUGACCACCGCUGCUCUUUAGAGCCUGAGGAAUUGCGAGCCUUAGCAAGUGCAAUUUAUAACUUUAAACUGGGGAAGAAGCCACUCUGUCCAAGUGAUAUUGUAAGAACCUUAAAUGGCGGUAAUGAGCUGGAAGAAGCUCUCCGAGCUGUCCAUGAUAAAAACAUUUUGCUUUGCGAGGUGCCUUGCAGGAAUAAGUUGGGUAAAUCCAUUGUGACAACCCGUAAUCUCAACAAAGGCCACUGCCUGCAGAUGGGCGACUUGGCCAUCAAAGUCAGUGAGCCGAGUGGCCUCACAGCCGAGGUUUUCUUUGAGAUACUUGGAAAAAAAGUUACGGUCUCUGUUUGUGAGGAUGAACCCAUAACUGGGAGCAUGCUAAUUCAUUAGUCAAUG